UUUCCUUCUCGUUAGGGAAUGAGACCAGACCACGCCCCCCAGAAAAGAAUAAAAAGAAAUAUUAACUUUGAAAUCACUCAAGUCUCAAACACCUCCUUUGUCUCUCUCUCUCUCUCUCUCUUUCUCCCCUGUUUCGCUGUCCAUCUUCUUACUUCCUUUCUAUCUAGAGAGAGAGAUAUGAAGAAGAGAAGGCAGCAGCUGAAAGUUGUUAGCAGAAGAUACACAAAACUAAGGUGGAGAGGGGAACUGAAAAACAAUCCUUGAGAAUGACUUCUCCCCCUCCACCAGCACCCUAAACACCCAGUUUCUUCCCAAGACAAACCCAUCUCACCAAAUCCCAUUUUCUUCCCAAAAAAAAAUCCUCCCCAACAACAAAGAAGAGAAAAAGAUUGGUUCUUUGGAUGUAACCGUCGAUUCGAAGGAAAUCCCAUCACUUCUCGUCUUUCACAGCGGCAGCAAUGAAGCAGAGGAAGAACAACAACCUCUCUGUUUUCGUCGUCGUCUUCUCCAUCUUCCUCUUUGGGAUCUUCAUGUACAAUGAAGACGUCAAGUCAAUGGCCGAGUUCCCCUUCUCCUGGCCCACUUCCCAAGAAGCCUCCCAAGAUCCCGACUCAACCACCGCGGCUGUAGAGGUAGCAGAAGUAGAAGAAGGAGACGAUUUGGACGACGUGGAAUUGCCGCCGGAAGAUUGCGAUCUGUACAACGGCCAAUGGGUGUUCGACAACGCGACUCACCCACUGUACAAGGAGGAGAAAUGCGAAUUCUUGACGGCGCAGGUGACUUGUAUGCGGAACGGAAGGAAGGACUCCAUGUACCAAAACUGGAGGUGGCAGCCCAGAGACUGCUCUUUGCCCAAGUUCAAGGCGAGGCUGCUGCUGAAGAAGCUGAGGAACAAGAGGCUGAUGUUCGUUGGUGACUCGCUGAAUCGAAACCAGUGGGAAUCAAUGAUUUGCUUGGUCCAGUCCGUGAUCCCUCCUGGAAGAAAGAGCUUGAACAAGACGGGUUCUCUGGCUGUUUUCAGGAUCGAGGACUACAACGCGACGGUGGAGUUCUACUGGGCGCCGUUCCUGGUGGAAUCGAACUCCGACGACCCGUUGAUGCACAGCAUCCUGAACCGGAUCAUAAUGCCCGAGUCCAUAAACAAGCACGGCGCCAACUGGAAGGACGUGGACUACCUCAUCUUCAACACCUACAUCUGGUGGAUGAACACCUUCACCAUGAAAGUCCUACGAGGAUCGUUCGAUGAUGGAGCAACGGAGUACGAAGAGAUCUCACGGCCCGUAGCUUACCAGAGAGUGUUGAAUACCUGGUCCAACUGGGUUGACCAAAACGUGGAUCCUAAUCGUACCAUGGUGUUCUUCAGCAGCAUGUCCCCUCUCCAUAUCAAGAGCGAGGACUGGGAGAAUCCGAGCGGAAUAAAGUGCGCGCUCGAAACGACGCCGAUUCUGAACCAAACGAUGCCGCUGGAGGUGGGGACGGACCGGCGGCUGUUGGUGAUAGCGGCGAACGUGACGGCGGGGAUGAAGAUUCCCGUCCACUUCAACAACAUAACGAAGUUGUCGGAGUACCGGAAAGACGCGCACACGUCGGUGUACACGAUCCGGCAGGGGAAGAUGCUGUCGCCGGAGCAGCAGGCGGAUCCGGCGACGUACGCCGACUGCAUACAUUGGUGCCUGCCCGGGUUGCCCGAUACGUGGAACGAGUUCCUCUAUGCCCGCAUUAUUUCUCGCCCCUGACAAUUUAGGGAGCUGGGGGCAGAACAGUAAAAUAACGCCCGCAAUCACCAUACAGGCUACAGCACAGAGGGGAAACAGAAAAGAAGAAUGAUUUUUGGUUCUUUUUGUGAAUUAAUUGGAUUUUCUCCUUUUUGUUUUGGGCAAUUUUUAUUAUCUUUUGCAAAAUGUGAAGAGGGUUACUGUAAAUUGAAUUUUUUACUGCUAGGAUGCCCGCCGGUGGAACAUACGGUGGUGUAAAACUCUAUUGAUUCUGGCAUUCUGAUGUCUUUUUUUCACCGCCUUUCACGGUAACUCGAAUUCGAGUGCCUCGGUAGUUUUACGAUGGGAACGGCGCCGUGUAGGGUUAAGGGAAGUGAAUAGCACAAAAUGAGGUGAUUGUGCCGUUAAUUGAGGCAGGAAAGGUGGAGUGGGAGACCAGCACAGUAGCCUUUUGUUCUUUUUGUUUUGAACUUUAUGCAACUGUAAAAUAAAAUGCCACCUACAAAGCAGAAAUAAUAAUUGCAUAAGACUAGAAGAGUUCUCAAUUAAAUGGUCAAAUUAUGGAUUUGCUCCUA